GGCCGCCAUUCGUGUGCGCGCCGCCGACCACGUCGUGCCUCCGCCGCCCCUGACCGCAACCGUUGCUCAUUUCAAAUUUUAAUAUUCGGUUAGUGCCUGCGUAACGAACUUUUAAAGGAUUUCUCUGUGCACGUGUGAUUUCUGUGGUGCUUCUUCGACAGAUGUCAGUCAGCACCUUGGCUAAUGGAUAGCCACAGUCGCUCCGCGUCACCGGGCGCACCGGCGCGGCCGCAGCACCGGCCGCCGUCACCGCCGUCACCGCCGACGCCGCCCACGACCGGCCUCGACAACCGCGCCUUCCAGCCCGACGACCCCAACCACAAUGACUCCUUCGCCUCCAACCACACGCACCAGAAUGGCCACACCAAGGAACUGAACGGCGAAUCGAAAACUUUAGAGGCGGUCAACUUGGAACUCAUCAAUUUGCAACCUAGAAAUGGAAACACAAAAAAGAAAGAUGUCGAAGUAGACAUGAAUGUAACGAACCCAUAUGAUGAAUAUUUUGUACCAGUCAACGAGCACAGGAAGUAUAUGAGAGGGGAGAAGCUGUAUGUGACAGCAGACAAGCGUGGCGGGAAGGGCGGCUGCAAGCGACCGCUGUGCUGGACGCUGCUAGGGCUCGUGGUGGCCGCCGUCGUCGCGCUCAUCGCGCUCGCCGCCACUGGUGUUUUAUUCACUAAUUCCCCGACACCGGUGGAACAGUACAACGCGUCCGUCAGCUCAGCACGGGCGCUCGGCGGCAUCGGGCAUGCGUCCCACCGCGACCACGACCAUCACCACAAUCACGGUCACGACCACGAUCACACAUACCACGACGACCAGACUCUGGACGCAGAAAAGCCUGACGAUACCCAACAAGUUGGCUACAGUCACGAUGAGACAACGACUCACGGAAGUGAUGAAGAAUACGACCAAUCCGAUGUCGAAAAUAAUAAUGAUUUUUCAAUGUAUGUACCUAAAGUAAUGGAGGGCGAAUUAAAAAUAGACAAUGAAGAAAUCACAGAUGCGCUUUACGAUCCUAGAAGUAACGAGUACAAACAAUUUACAGAAGAUUUUACCCAAGCACUUAAAGAAGCCCUAUUCGGGUUAGACUCGAUGAACGAUAACGGCAACGACGUAAUAGUAGAAUUCAUAGAGCUCAGGAAAGAGUCAGGCAUCAUAAUGUACAGAAUACAUUGGAAAUCAGCGCUUAAUUACGAGCCAAACAACGAGUUAGGCCCUAAUGAACUGAAGGCUGAUUUGGAAAAAUAUCUAGUUAGACACAAUAGGAUGAUAAACCUUUAUCAUGUCGCUAAAGAUGGAAUAAAAGCGAGGCGAGUUCUGGAUCUAUGUCAAAUCAAUAAAAAUAGUUGUGAAUACGGCUGCGAGUUCGAUGAAAGUACCUUAGAUUUUACAUGCACUUGUCCCCAAAAUCAAAUGCUAGAUAUCACAAACCCUCACAGGUGUAUAUCAACCGAUAAAACAAAUUCGGCGGAUGACGCAGCUCAUAAACCAAAUAACGCUUUCGCAAAUUCCGAUUCAGACCACACCACAACUAACAUCAACACCGAAAAUAAUAUACAUAACACACGUCAUUCAGACGGCAAUGUUUUUGACUGGAAAGAAACUCGUGCUGUGAUGUUAGAAACGACCACCGCCUCAGAUCCAGAUCUUAAGUUUUCACACAUAUUUGGUCGUGAAAACAACGCUGAGGAUGAACAAAACACUGAGAAUAUGAAUUCAAGUACUGAAAGUAAAGACACAAGCAAACCUGACAUCCAAGCAGAGCCCGAACCUUCAUCAGUGCCAGAACCAGAACCCACAUCCGAACCAGAACCUACUUCUGAACCAUCGCCUGAACCAUCUUCUGAACCGUCGCUUGAAGCAUCUUCGGAACCAUCGUCUGAACCUUAUUCUGAACCGACGCCAGAACCAUCGCCUGAACCAUCGUCAGAGCCAGAAGCAGAACCAUCUUCGGAAUCGGAAUCCGAAUCUUCUUAUGAACCAGAGGCCAAACAACAUUUGGAACUGAGCCCUAAACUAUUGUCAGAACCAGAACCUGAACCGACUUCGGCACCGGAACCUGAAUCUUCCUCUGAACCAGCAUCUGAAACAAAAUCGGAAAUUGAACCUGAACCUACGUUGGAACCGGAAGUUUCUUCCGACCCAAAACUUUCAAAAACAGAGGGAAGCCUCGAGCCCAAAGCAGUGGUAGAACUUGAAACUUCUCCAGUCUCAGAACAUACAACAUCAUUACAUUCCGAAAAAGAACAUAUCUCUGAACUAAGAACAACACCAGAACCAAUUGCAGUACCUAAAACAGACCUCGAAGUAAAAAUAGAUACGGUUUCUGAACCAAAAAAUGAACAUGAAACAGUAACAGACAGUAAUAAUAGUAUGAAUGAUCUCACAACAGAAUCUAAGAUAGUUUCAAAUUCUUUAACUGAACCAAACCAUAUCGUAAAACAGGGACAAGGUGAAGAAUCAGAAACAAAAGAAGAAAGUGUAACUAAGUCCACAAUGCUCAUAUUAAAUUAUAGUCCAAUAGUUGAAUCUAAGUCAGCACCACAAUACGAAACUACGACAAAGGAAAAUACAGAAAACAAUUUUGAAAAGGAAUCUGAAACAGAACAUACGAAAAACGGUGAAAACAACUUGUCUGAUGAAUCCAUAGAUGUCACAAGCGUGAUGUUCUCCCCUAUCAACGAUUUAGGUGAAGUUAAAAUAAAUGACGAUGAUAAAAACGUUGUUACAACAACGGAACCACCGAUGGAAGCUAAUACAGAAUUAUCAAUUUUGAAACAGAACAAACCACAAGAAAAUAACUUACAUUUAAUAAGUUCCAACGGUGACAAUGGUUGGCUUCAGUAUGUUAAGAACGGAACCACAACAGAAAAUGAUAACUUAAAGGAUAAUGAGACUAAAAAGAUACAUUUGACUGACCUAGGUGCUACCGACCAUCCUAAUGCAACCGACGACGAACUGUCAUUCGAAUACAUUGCAAAAAAUAAUGAAGUUCCAAGCGAAAUGGGUGACGAAGAAACUAAAACUACAAUAGCCCCUGCAGUGCACGCUGAUAGUGAAAAUACCACUGAUUUUAAUUCAAACCAAUUGUCGACUAACCAAGUUUAUGGUACCUCUGAAAGUGAAAAUCGGGCUGAAAUACAGGACGUUCAAUUAGAUCAGCCAGUAACAGAAUAUUUAAACAAAGACAGUGUGCCUCCAGAAAAUGAGGAAAUUAUAAAAAAUAAGCAUAUGACGGAAUCUCUUGAUAAAAAAGCUACACAUGGUUCUCAGACCAAUGGAGAAGAACCAUCAAACGAACCUUCCGAUAUUUCUUUUGAUUAUAUCAUUAACCGUUCAUCAAAGUCUAUUGAAGAACAAAAUAGUACAGCUAUAGAACAUGUGACCUCAAAAGCAACUGUUGAACAAAGUACUACUACAAACGAUUCUGAUUGGGUACGUGUAUCAGUAACUGAAAUCAAUUAUGCAAAAACGUUUAGCAAAAUCCCGGAAGAUGCCGAAACUACAACGGUUAACGAAUUAGAAGAUAUAAUUAAUUCUAGGAUGUCAAACGAAGACUUUGAACCAGAUUAUUUAAACAAUAUGGAUAAAAGUACCACUAAAGCACCAGAACAGUAUGUACCAAUGUAUAUUUCUCAUGAUUAUGACAAUGAAGAAUUGCGCGUGAAACGAGUUAACCUAGAAGCAAAAAAUAAUACACAUCUUCCGGUUACCACGGAACCGACGGAAACUUCAAAAAAGAGCGACCGUAGUGAAACCACCACUGUUAGUGCCUACGUUUAUAGAACAGGACAAUCUUUCCUAAGUAACAGUGCCGACAUAACAAGUACUCCGAAAGAUAUAAACCAAACUGAACCAGCUCCCGUUUGGGAGGAAUCCGAUAAUGACAUACACUUACUUAACAUAGAAUCUACAGAAAAUAAUUCGUUGCGCACCAUUAAUCAGACACAUAUGAACGCAAGUACAGAAAGUAUGCCAGACAACACAACGCCCGUAAACAAUUUCAAUGUUACGAUAUAUGAAAUAUCAGCCCUUGAGAAUAACACAUUCCCUACAGCAAAACACAUGAACUCCCAUUCUUCGGAAUAUGAUGACCAUGAAACAGAAAUGAACCCAUUUUUACCAGAAAUAGAAAAUAAUAAAAGUCUCGUCAAAAAACUACAAGAAGGACACGAUUUAGAGCCGACUAACCUCAACGACAAACAAAAUGAGAAUAAUGAUGAUCAUUCUCUACCAAAUGAACGCCAAACAAGUGCAAAAAGCAAUUCUAGCGAGAACUUAAAUGUAAUAAAUAAUGAUUACACAACUAUCGGACCUGAAGUAAUGUCCGCCGAUAGUAAAAAUGUACAUUUACAUACUAGUAACACUUCAGACGUUACGAAUAACACGAAUCUACGUAGCCAUAAAAGUGUAUUUGACAAAUUAUGGAGCCAAAACGAGGAUAUUCAACCUAUUUCAACAUUCCUAAUUGAUACUGAAGACUUAGGCAAGGAACGCACUACUGUUUCUAAUCCUAUUAUAGUAAAAAAUAUUUUAGAAAAUGGUGCGUCUAGUCCAGCGCCUGCAGAUAAAAAACGAACAUUAAGCAAAAAAAAUAAUGCAGAUGACAACAAUAACAUGGAAUUUUUAAGUGUUCUUCCUCUUCAUAACCAAGAUGAAAUAAAAGUGCCUGAGAAAAACUUGAAAAGUGAAAAUAUACUGGAACUUAAUGACAUAAGGACAUUAGAUUUAACCAAAUAGAAGGACAUGCUCACGUACGCAAUAUAAUCGAAACGGUGCCCGUUGUCAUACUCGUACUUAGGUACAUAGAU